GAUCCAACGAAAAUGUCUGUCUGCAUGCGUGAGAACCGCAAAUCCUGCCUCAGCUCGGCGUCCAUGAACAUCUUCCUGUUCCACAAGUCAUCGUACGCGGACAGUGUCCUUACACACCUCAACACGCUCCGGCAGCAGCAGCUCUUCACCGAUGUCCUCCUCCACGCUGGGAGCCGCUCCUUCCCCUGCCACCGUGCUGUGCUGGCUGCAUGCAGUCGCUACUUCCAGGUAAAGACACUGGGCUUGUUUACCGUUGCAGCUGAAUUUGCAGACAACCGCUGACUGACUGAUGUACAGAUGUAGGAUCUUAAUUUGACCAGUUUCAUCGCAGGAGUAAAAAAUAAUCCUGCAGGAGGAGAAUUUGGUUAAUAAAAAAAUAAAUAAUCAUUUCUAACAGGAAAUGACUUUUAAUAGGUUACAGUGGGCUAGAGUUUAGGUGUGAGCUCUAGUGAGAGAAAGAGAACUACGGGUUUUCAGUGAAUUUAUGUAAAUCACAAGGCUCAUUUGAAUUUCCUACGUCACAGGAAAGUUCUCUGCAACAACAGAGUGAUCAAAUUAAGAUAGUACAUCUGUACAAAUCACCUUGCAUCAUAAUUACUACUCAUUAUUAUUUGUACAGUAGAUCAGUUAGUCAGUCACAAUUUACCCACAAUGCGUCACGGAUUUGAAGCUCUCAAACACGGCCACUUAUUACUUAGACAGAGAACUGUGAGCAUCUCCAAUAGGAAAAUAUGAUAAGUUUGCCGCCAUACCAAUGCUAACAAUGCUAAUGCUAACAAGCUAACUCUUGGUGUCCCACUCUCCUUGUUCCAGGCCAUGUUCAGUGGAGGUCUCCGGGAGAGCCAGGCCAGCGAGGUGGACUUCAGGGACUCCAUCCACCCAGAGGUCCUGGAGCUCUUACUAGACUAUGCCUACACAUCCAGGGUGGUGAUCAACGAGGAGAACGCGGAAUCCCUACUGGAGGCCGGGGACAUGCUGGAGUUCCAGGACAUCCGGGAUGCCUGCGCUGAGUUUCUGGAGCGGAACUUGGCAACGUCCAACUGCCUGGGCAUGCUUCUGCUGUCCGACGCCCACCAGUGCACCAAGCUGUCCGAGCUCUCCUGGGGCAUGUGCCUCAGCAACUUCCCCGCCAUCUGCAAGAUGGAGGACUUCCUCCAGCUGCCCAAGGACAUGGCGGUGACGCUGCUGUCCCAUGAAGAGUUAGAGACUGAGGACGAGAGGCUGGUCUACGAGGCCGCCCUCAACUGGGUCAACUAUGACCUGGAGAGGAGGCACUGCCACCUCCCCGAGCUGCUGAGGACGGUCCGCCUGGCCCUCCUCCCCACCAUCUUCCUCAUGGAGAACGUGUCCACAGAGGAGCUGAUCAAUGCCCAGACGAAGAGCAAGGAGUUGGUGGACGAGGCCAUACGCUAUAAACUGAGGAUCCUCCAGAAUGAUGGUGUGGUCAACAGCCCCCUGGCCAGGCCCAGGAAGACCAGCCACGCCCUGUUCCUCCUGGGAGGACAGACCUUCAUGUGUGACAAGCUGUACCUGGUGGACCAGAAGGCCAAGGAGAUCAUCCCCAAGGCCGACAUCCCCAGCCCCAGGAAGGAGUUCAGCGCUUGCGCCAUCAACUGUAAGGUCUAUGUUACCGGCGGGAGGGGCUCAGAGAACGGCGUGUCCAAAGACGUGUGGGUCUACGAUACGUCCCACGAGGAGUGGUCCAAGGCAGCGCCUAUGAUCAUCGCCCGCUUUGGCCACGGCUCGGCCGAGCUCAGAAACUGCCUCUACGUGGUUGGAGGACACACAGCGGGUACAGGCUGUCUCCCCGCCUCGCCCUCGGGGUCACUCAAACAGGUCGAGAAAUACGACCCGGUCGCCAACAAGUGGUGCAUGGUGGCGCCGCUGAGGGAGGGCGUGAGCAACGCGGCGGUGGUCAGCGUCAAGCUCAAACUCUUCGCCUUCGGAGGAACCAGCGUCGCCCACAACAAAUUACCCAAGGUGCAGAUGUACGACCCGCAGGAAAACAGGUGGUCCGUCCCCGCCUCCUGCCCGCAGCCCUGGCGCUACACGGCCGCAGCCGUCCUCAACAACCAGAUCUUUGUGAUGGGCGGCGACACAGAGUUCUCGGCGUGCUCUGCCUAUAAGUUCAGCAGCGACAGCUACCAGUGGACUAAAGUAGCAGACGUGACCGCCAAGAGGAUGAGCUGCCAGGCGGUGGCGUCAGGUAACAAACUGUACGUGGUGGGGGGCUACUUUGGCACUCAGCGGUGUAAGACUCUGGACUGUUACGAUCCAACACUGGACGCGUGGAACAGCAUCACUACCGUACCCUACUCACUCAUCCCCACAGCAUUCGUCUCCACCUGGAAACACCUCCCAGACUGA